GAAAAACAACCAUAGCCAAUGGUAACGAUAGAGAGUGAACAAACGUGACAAAUCAGCAGAAUGAAAAUGCCUGAAUAGGACCCACCACAGUCCAUCAUCCUCCACCAAUGGCGAAUGUUACCAAAAUCCCCUAUAGAAGCCAUUGACGUCGUUGCCACCUUGUGUUGUUCCUGAGACAUCAUAGAAGAAUGACUGGAAUCACAGGCCCUUCAGAUUACUCCACAGAGCCUCCUCGUCACCCAUGUCUUCAAAUUAACUCCAAGGAACCUUUCAAUGCUGAGCCACCACGUUCUGCAUUGGCUUCCUCAUAUUUGACUCCUGCAGAUUUGUUCUACAAGAGAAAUCAUGGCCCUAUACCCGUUGUUGAUGACAUAGAAAGAUACUAUGUGUCAAUAUCUGGUUUGGUGGAAGAACCCAAACAGCUUUUCAUGAAGGAUAUCAGGGUGCUUCCCAAGUAUAAUGUCACAGCCACACUACAGUGUGCAGGAAAUAGAAGGACUGCUAUGAGCAAGGCCAAAACAGUGAAGGGAGUUGGUUGGGAUGUUUCUGCUAUUGGGAAUGCUGAGUGGAGUGGUGCCAAAUUAACUGAUGUUCUCGAACUUGUUGGAAUACAAAAGUUGACGAGUACCACUGAAUUGGGAGGAAAACAUGUUGAAUUUAUAAGCGUAGAUAAGUGUAAGGAGGAAAAUGGAGGACCUUACAAGGCAUCUAUUCCACUCAGCCAGGCUACAAAUCCCGCAGCAGAUGUUUUACUGGCUUACGAAAUGAAUGGAGAACCUCUUACCAGGGAUCAUGGGUUCCCGUUACGCGUGGUUGUUCCUGGUGUCAUUGGAGCUCGGUCUGUUAAAUGGCUGGAAGCUAUCAAUAUCAUUGCAGAAGAAUGCCAGGGAUUUUUCAUGCAAAAAGACUACAAAAUGUUUCCCCCAUCAGUAAAUUGGGAAAACAUCAAUUGGUUAACCAGGAGACCUCAAAUGGAUUUUCCUGUUCAGUGUGCUAUAUGCUCUCUUGAAGAUAUGACCACAAUAAGGCCUGGAAAGGUAACAAUUAGUGGAUAUGCAGCAUCAGGUGGUGGCAGAGGCAUAGAGAGAGUAGAUGUGUCUGUUGAUGGAGGAAAAACUUGGAUGGAAGCUUCAAGGUUUCAGAAAACUGGCAUUCCCUACGUAGCAGAUGAUGAUAACACUAGUGAGAAAUGGGCAUGGGUGCUAUUUGCGGUCACAGUUGAAAUUCUCCACAGCACCGAGGUUAUUGCAAAAGCGGUGGAUUCAGCAGGAAAUGUCCAACCUGAAAGAGUUGAAGAUAUUUGGAACUUGAGAGGGAUAUUGAACACUUCAUGGCAUCGGAUAAAAGUUUAAGUCAUUGAUUCAAAACCUUGAAAGCUAUUUGACUAUAUGGUAGUAUUUUGCCCAAUUUUUUUAAAGUUAUUUUUAAAGUUUAGUGGAACUCAAUUUUUUUUGGCUAAGUUUGGUGCUCAUCAAAGCCAUGAUUUGGUGACCAUCGAUCACCCUCCUCUGGAGCUGAGUUUGCUUUUGGUGGCGGAUGCCAUGGGUGUCGCCUCUGUGAGGCCUUAGUUUUUCUUUUCUUUUAUGCACUGUACCAAAAAAAAAAACUCAAAUUGGUAAUAAUCUCUUAAAAAAUAUGCUGCUUAUUUUUUAUAAAGUAAAUAUAAAAAAUAGCUUUUAGGUGUAAAGUUAAAUGAGAUGAAAAAGUUAUAGAGAGCGGGUCAAGGUUACUCUAAGACCAUUGUGUCUUGUUCUUAUUUAUGUUGUCUCUCUAAUAUCAACUCUAUCGUCGUCACCACCUUCACCAUUGCCACCACCACCCUUCACCACUGCCAUCGUCGCACCGCCGUCUCCAUUGUCACCUCCACCCUUUACCAUCACCAUUUGUACCGUCACCGCCAUCAUUGCCCUCCACCAUCACCAUUAUCGCUGCCACCACCUUGACAAUCGUUGCUCCCACUACCGUCGAGCAUGCAAACCUUGUAAGAGAAAGUGGUGUAUAUUAACAAUUGAAACUAAUAUGUGUUGGUAAUCGUAAGAAUGAACAAAUCCAAUUUAAGGAUUAUAUAAAAAGAUUUUGUUCUUACAUGAACAUUGAGGUCUUCAUCUAGGGUUUAUGGUAGGAUUGGUAGUCAUUGUUAUGCCAAAGAGAGAACCUGAUUUAUUAUGAAUGGGGGUUAGCCUUUUAUAGUGGGGCUGAACCCUAAACCUAAAUCUAUUACAUUUGGGUCUUGUUUAUGGUCUAUUGGGCCUUAGUAUCCAUCCAUACGCCUAACUAAACCUAUCUGGACACUAGCGAGUUCCUUCGUUGACUCACCUUGCCCAGCGUUAUCCUAACAUUAAGUCUCGUAAGUAUCUUGUUUGGCGGGACCUGUCCAUAUUUUAAAUUCAUGACAAAAAUUUGUGAAAAAAAUAAAGGCUUAAUACAUCAGAAGGCCCCCGAAAUUGUAAAGGGAAUCAGUUCCAGGGCCUGUAAAAUUUUCGCAUCAAAUUGGGUCCCUAAAUUUUUUUUUUAAUUCAAUUAAGGUCAAAUGCUGCCAGACCUCAAUUUUAUCCUAAUCAUCAAUUACACGUGGCUUUUAUAAUUUUUUUAAUUAAAAAAUUAAAAAAAAAUUCCAACUCAAUUAUUUAAUCAGAAAAAAAAAAUAAAAAACUUAAUAAAAACCUAAUCUAAUAAUCCCUUAACUAAACAAUUUAAUAAUUUAAAUAAUAAACUAACCUAAUAAUCUAAUUAUAACCAAUACAUAAUUAAACCCUUUCAUCCCCAAAUUGAACCCAAUUACAAAUCUUUCCCAUCCCCAAAUUGAACCCGGACAAGAAACCAAACUCUCCUUUCUCCUCCAUCACCAAGAACAAGAAAUUGAAUAUUGGUGGGGUUUGAUACGAUUUUGGGUUUGGUACGGUUUGAGGGUAGUGUUGGAUUUGGCUGCAGUGAGGCUUUAUGGUGGUUGAAAUGGAGAUUGUGAAAGGUGGGUGGUUCGAAUCAACGAGUGGGGUUUUGGUCGGGUGUGUGUAGCUGCUGUGUGAUGUGGGUGUAGAGAUUCAAUGGUGGUUUUUGAUUUUGGUGGCAGCUGGUUGCGGAGGAAAGGCUUGAGGGUUGUUCUUGCUUUGAUGGUGAAGUGAGAGGUUUGUUCUACACUGGGUUUCAUGAAAAUACAUUCAACUUUCUAAAAAAUGAAUGGGGUUUAUGUGAUUGUUGAGUGAUGGCUUGUGAAGGAGAUGAAAUGAGGUUCAAUGGAGGAGUGAGAGAGGGAGACGUAUUAGAGAUUGAAGGAGAGAUGGAGCUAGGUAGGAGGUUGAAGAAUAUUGUUCUAUCCCAGAUCUGGUUCUUUUUUUUUUUUUUUUUUUUUUUUUUUUUUUUUUU